UUAACCACUGGACCACCAAGGAAGCCCCAGGGGUGCAUUUUCACGGCCACCACAAGUCCUUCUCAGCCAGCACCCUAAGCAGCAGCUCUCCCAUCCUCCUUAACCCUUUGGAGAUAAUUCAGAAAUACAAGCCCACGCCUGAAAGCGACCAGGAGGAAGGAUAGCUUUAGAUGAUGCAAACAGAAAUUCCACCGGCCUCCAGAUACUAUCAUGUGUCAUGUUUCGCCAGGCUCCACAAGCUUGAGCUUCAGACUGUCUCGGUCACUUGCAGGUGAGCAGGCUCAAGACUCUGCUCCCCAGCCAGGAGAAGAUGACUGACACUGAGUUUGGCUACGUUCACGGGCUGGCCGAGGACUAUCUGAAAUAUGUGUUACAGAUACAGCAACCUGGAUCCAAGCCAAGCAAAACAUCCAGGGUGUUACAAGACGUGGCUUCCUCUGUCCAGGACGAAGUGGAAAGGACUUUGAAGCAGUGCUUGGAUAAGUUUGACGUGGUGUCCGUAGACACCGCCAGAACAAUAUUCAACCAAGUGAUGGAAAAGGAAUUUGAAGAUGGCAUUGUUAACUGGGGCAGGAUUGUAACCAUAUUCGCCUUUGAAGGUAUUCUUAGCAAGAAACUUCUGGGCAAGUGUAUUGCCUCAGACAUGGACAUGUGCAAGGACAUUUCUUACUUUGUGGCGGAGUUCAUCACCGAAAACACAGGAGAGUGGAUAAAGCAAAAUGGAGGCUGGGAAAAUGGGUUUGUAAAGAAGUUUGAAACCAAAUCUGGCUGGCUGACUUUUCUGGAAGUUACAGGAAAGAUCUGUGAAACAUUAUGUCGCCUGAAGCAAUACUAUUGACUGAAAAGGACACUCCACAUUGUGAAAUUUGUCUAAUUUUUUAAACUCAUACAAGAAGUACUGUUAACACUUACUUCUACUUCUAAACAGAGAACUCUGAUGAUGUAACUUGACAUUCUGGACUUAUGGGAAUUUUCUCCCCAUUUUAGCGAAUAAACUGUAUGUAUAUGUGA